AUGUUGCUAUAGUUUUCUUUCGUACCUGUCUAUCUGCGGUAUUAUUUAAUUUGCUUGCACGCGAUUUAGGGUCGAUGUACGAAUUCGGAUAAAAAAAAUGUUUAACAAUUAUACAGUAAGAUGUUACGGCGGCAGUAUGAAAUCGUACAAAAUUCGAUAUCAAAGGAAAUAGCGACGUAGAACGAAAAUGUCGUAGCCUGGAUGAUAUCGAGUAGUGUUUGUUUUUGGUGUUUCGGUGGAAACGAUGGCAAACUCGACAACGAGCUUGGAGACGCAAAUAGACAGUUUUCUGGAACAAUUUAAGAGGAGCGCUUCGAAGGCCAUGGAAGAAAGAAUGGAGUGGCCAGAUGGACCCUCGCCUGGAGUCGUCAGGUCUCGCAGCAGCUGCUUCACCCUGGAUACUGCUACUGAAGCGGAGUGCGAUGGCUGUGGCAGUGAAGGCGAGGAAGGGCGGGGCGUGGGAGAGUUACUACUGCCGCAGUACGCAUUGGCGACGGGUGGGCUGGCGCGCGACCACCGGCCCCUCAUCACCUUCCCUGACAACAGCAACUUCCACCUCCUCUCCCCAGCUGAAUACAGGCGUCUGCUACUCUACCUCACCUCUGUGCCUUCAUUAUUAGAAGCUGAAAUGGGGUUUCACAUAAUAAUAGACCGCAGAAAGGACAGGUGGAAUUCCGUGAAGACUGUCUUAAUUAGGAUAUCUGAGUUCUUCCCCGGCAUGAUCCACUCAGUGUACGUGCUGCGUCCAGCCAGUUUCCUGCAAAAAGCGCUGUCCGAAGUCAGCAGCAAGCUGUUCAAAGAGGAGUUCAGGUUUCGAGUCCUCGUGUGCUCCUGCAUCGAGGAGUUAUACGAGCACUUUGACCGCUCACAGCUGACGCCGGAUUUAGGCGGCGAACUCCAGUAUUCACACUCUGAAUGGAUACAACAGCGAAUAGCAUUGGAGAAGUUUUCUACACUAAUGAAGGAAAUAUCUACCAAAUUAGACGAUUUUAUGCAUGAAAUAGUCGACUGCGAUAUGGGAAACGAUCCUACACAAACCAAAGAAUUACUAGACUGUCAAGAAACUAGGUAUAAAGCUUUAAAAACAGAACUGGCAACAGCAACGACGCAGGGCGAAGAGUUGCUGUCGCAAGUGAGGAAACCAAAUCUAACCUAUAAUAUUAUAAGUCACGUGGCGGCCGUCGAGAGGUUAUUGGUACAACUAGAAGAGACUGAGAAACAAUUCGAUAAUUUCUGGCAAAAACAUUCCACAAAAUUAAACCACUGGUUGAAAUUUCGCACAUUUUUAUUGAAUUUUAAACAAAUGCAGGCAACUCUAGAUAAUCAUCUAAAGACAGCGUGCGAUAUGACCGAAGUCGGAGAGACAGCGAACAGAGUUGAGAACCUCAUUCAGGAAGCUAACGAUUUCGAGAAACUGUGUAAUUGCGAUCUCGAUACUGCGUCAACGGUUAUUGACGAUGGCGAGACCUUAAUGAAGGACCCACUUAGUUCCGUAGACCAUAUAGAAUCUAAAUGCGAGGAGCUGAGACGGACGAGCGCUUUACUUAUUGAUAAGAUACAGAAACGGAACUUACUGUUGACAAAAGCGCGGGAACUAAUGGACAGGAUAGAUAAGGCAAACGAGUGGUGUGCGACUGGCGUAGAGAUCCUGGCGGGCGAGGGCGGGCUGAUUGCUGUUGACAAGUUACUAGAAGAUGCCAAGAGCUUCGGCCUGACGGCUCCUGAAGAGUUCCGAGAUAUGCUGCUACAGAGUGCCACGCAAGAGACUAGAGCACUUGUCGCCCAGGUGGCGCAGCGCGUGGAGGACGUGUGGCUGAUGGUGUCGGUGAAGCGCGCGUCGCUGCAGCGCGCCGCGGCCCGCCCCGCGCGCCCCGUGCAGUCCGUGCCCCCGCAGAGCGCCGCCCCGCCGCCCGCCACACAACAGAUGGAAACAUCAGGUGGUUCAGAGAGCUCUGGCGGCGAGGACGCGGAGGCGCGGCGAGCGCGGCGCGGACACGUGCUAGCCGAGCUACUGCAGACAGAACGCAUCUAUGUGCAAGAACUCGGCUCCAUACUCACUGGUUACAAAGAAGAAAUAGAGAAGCCGGAGAACCAACACGUCAUACCUGCUGCGCUGGCGGGGCAGGCUAACGUACUCUUCGGCAACCUUCACGAGCUGUUCACAUUCCACCAGGAUAUCUUCCUCAAAGACCUGGAGAAAUCAAUAUCUGCUACGGAAUUGGUUGCGCUGUGCUUUGUGGAAAAGAGGGAGACAUUCUUCCGGCUGUAUAGCUACUACUGCCAGAACAUUCCACGUUCGGAGCGGCUACGUGAGGCAUUGGUCGACACCCACCUCUUCCUGCAGGCCUGCCAGCAGCGGCUAGGCCACAAGCUGCCGCUCGCAGCUUAUCUUCUAAAACCUGUGCAGAGGAUCACCAAAUAUCAGUUGUUGCUUAAGGACCUACUAAGGUACAGUGAAUGCGGCUCCAUGAGCGCAGGUCUGCAACAAGCUUUAGACUGUAUGCUCGUCGUAUUGAAAUGCGUCAAUGACUCUAUGCACCAGAUUGCCAUCACUGGAGUUCCGCAGGUGGACCUGAGUCAACAAGGCGAGCUGCUGCUGCAGGGCUCGUUUCUAGUGGUGUCGGAGAACAAGCGCGACCUCCGCCUGCGCCUGCGCCCGCGCCGCCGCCACAUCUUCCUCUACGAGAAGGCCAUGCUCUUCUGCAAACCCGCCGCCAAGAACAGCCACAACAAGGCCACCUAUCACUUUAAACACGACUUACAGAUGGCACAGAUCGGUCUGACGGAGUCAGUGAAGGGUGACCCGCGCAAGUUCGAGGUGUGGCGUCAGGGGCGCGCGGAGGUGCACACGCUGACGGCGCCCGCAGCUGAUGUCAAGCGCACCUGGGUGGAGCGCAUCAAGCGCGUGCUGCUCGACCAGCUCAACGAGCUCAAGGGCGAGAAGGUGCGCCAGUACAGCGCCCAGCACAGGACGUUGAUCCAGACGAGCUCGUGGGAGGCGGGCGCGCUGGCGGCGGUGCGCGCGCCGGCGGGGGGUGCGGUGGGUGCGGUGGGCGCGGUGGGUACAGGGGGCGCGGCGGGCGCGCGGGCCGCCUCCUGCGACGCGCACGACGAGCCCUGCUGGUCCACCGACCCUUCAGACGACGACGACGACGACACCGACCACACGCCGGCGGUGGGGUGCUUGCUGGUGGCGUUAUCGGAGUACAGUGCGGUGGGCGCGAGCGAGGUGUCGCUACGCGAGGGCCAGCACGCCGAGCUACUCAAGGUCGGCUGCGCCGGCUGGUGGUACGUGCGGCUCGCGGGCGGGCAGGGUGAGGGCUGGGCGCCGGCCGCGUACCUGGACCAGCGCAAGACGUCGCGCUCAUCCAGCCGCUCACACGACCGCCUGCACGACCACUAGCUGACGUCACUCACGCACGUUUCGCUCACGUCGCGUCGCCGUAUCGUGCUGUACAACUUACUUUAGAUUAAUUUCUUCAAAAUUGUUAGACUUUAGUUCGACGUUCGUUGUGUUGUAAUUGAUGAUGCGUUUGACAUUUGUUUCUUAUUUCGAAAAUAAAAAUAAAUCUUAGGAAUUUGUGAUAGUCUUUGUUAAAUAUUUGAAUAUACCAUACUUAUAUCUGUUUGGAUACAUGUAUUGUACUAAAAGUGUGUAUACAUUUUUCUAUACCACAAGUAUACAGAUUUUUUUUAGUAGACGUAAUGGAAGCUCUGCCACCCCACUUGUUAUUGUUAAUGUCGAACUAUUUACAGUAAAACAAAUUAUUGUUAAUGUAUGUAAAUGUUCUGAUGAAGCUUUAUUGUAAAGUAGUGUUAGGUUUAGUCCGUUAACGUUAUGAUUAAUCAAAUCCAAAGCUAUAUUUAGUGGCAUAGGAGUUGUUAAACAGCCGUAAUGGAUUCGUGUUUCUUUUUCAUGUAAAUAUUUCUCUUUAAUUAAUUCUAGUUAUUUAUUUGGAAGCUAGUUGUUUUUUUAACUCUUUAGUAUAAGUUCUCCAUGACAGAUCCGCAUGUUUUAUUUGUUUAUGGUCACCAUAUGUUUGUGUUUUGUCUGUGCCUGUAUAGUCUGUGUUAGCAAAUCAUGAUUCGUAUUACAUCGUCUUAAUUCAUAUCAAAUCAUUAUCAUAUUUGUGAGAGCUUUUUAUCUAUGAAUUAAAAGAUUUAUUAUUAAACGAAAAUUAGUGUGAUUGUGAGGAUAAAAUAUAAAUAAUCAAUUGAUUGCGUGUCCAGCACAUAUUCUCUAAUGCAUAUCUUAAGUAUUAAUUCUAUACUAGUCGGUGUGUUUUACUUUACAUCUUUGUAACUUUUAUUUGUAGUUUUGUACCUCAAAACAUAGCACUAGCAUGCGAUCAUCGCCUUUUGUCAACGUGUCUAUAUUUGAUCAUGAAAUGCUUAUCGUCUCAUCGUACCUGUUUCUAUGUAAAAAAAAAUAUAUAAAAUUAUUUCAUACAAAAAAUGUCAAGUCAACAGACUGACCGCAAAUACACAGAUGUCCCAUUC